AUGGUGGCGACGCGUGCCGGUUUCGACGACGACGACGACGACGAUGACGAACAGAAGGCGUGGAAGCAGUCGAUCCUGCGUGCCAAGGCCAAUUUGCCGGACAAGGUGACGGAGCCGCUCGUGCCGCUGCAGACUCAUUUCCUGUUUUUUCAGUCGUCCGGACCACUCGUCGCACUGCUCGAGGGCACCUCGGGAAACCAUCAGUGGACAGAGGUAAUUGACGGAGAAUGUAAAUAAUCGCACGAAUUUGAGUUUCAGACAAACCAUCCUCGACCCACAUUCUGCAACUAUUGCCGAGAGAAACUGAACGGAGUGCCGUGGCACGGUUACACUUGUGACAGUGAGUUUUUCCAAAGAAGUUCUAAGAGAAAUGUGAUUAUUUUGAAGUUUGCAAAGUGAAAGCGCACCGAAAGUGUCGCGACAACAUCACGGAGCCGUGCAAAUGGACAAAUCAGACGAGUAUACCACAACAUUUACAAUUUAUUAGCCCAGAGGUUUGCAUGGCAGUAAGCCCUCGAAAUAAACUUGCUAUCAGAAUUCAAUUCUACCUCAUCAAUGGAUGGAAGGCAACCUACCUAUGCCUUCAAAAUGCUCAGUUUGCGAAAAACCAUGCGGGUCUGUCAGAAAGCUAGUGGUGAGUACGAAUACAAUCGAUUUCGAAUGAGAAAAUAUGAUUUCAGGACUACCGAUGCAUCUGGUGCAGUUGCUGCGUGCACUCUGCCUGCAUCGGAAACCUGGCGCGCGCGUGCAGUCUCGGCCACUCGGCGCUUUCGGUCAUUUCGCCGUUAGCACUGAAAGAAGUGAAUGCGAACGGAACUGCGUUGCUCCGCGAAGAGGCUUAUGGUAGGUGCUUUCUCUGGGUGACGUCAUAGCGACUUCCGGCCAACGGAGAUUCUCUCCUGACUGAGGCGCCCAAUUAGAUGAGGUCAUCGGAAACUCUUCUCGAUGAUGUCAUCAAGAAGGAUAUACUCAUUAGAGAUGGAUUUUCGCAAGAUUUCGGCAUUACUCAAUUUUCCAUUUCCAGGCGGCGAUUCUCCCGGCGGAAGUCCUCUCAUCGUGCUGAUCAAUGCGAAAUCGGGUGACAGUCAGGGACAACGGAUCAUCAAAAAGUUUCGGCGGAUUCUGAAUCCGAUUCAAGUGUUCGAUAUCAUAGCAGCCGGUCCGGAUUUUGCGUACGUCCCCUCUUCGCACACACAUUUCCUUCGAAUUAAAAAUUAUAUUUCAGUCUGACCUUCUUCUCGCAACUCGAAUCGUUUCGUGUUCUCGUGUGCGGCGGCGAUGGAACUGUCGGAUGGGUGCUCAGCGCCUUCGACAGACUCAAUUUGCAUUCUAAGGUACACUUCCCCCGCAAAACUCAAAGCAAAUCGCCCUAAUUUCAGUGCCAACUUGCUAUCCUCCCGCUCGGAACAGGAAACGACCUCGCACGGGUACUCGGCUGGGGUCACGCCUUCUACGACGACACUCUGCUGCCGCAAGUGGUCCGAACGAUGGAGCGAGCGCACACGAAGAUGCUGGAUCGGUGGAGUGUGCUGGCGAUCGAAGGACCGCAAGCAGACGCCGUUAGACGCUACGAGGAGCUCGUCAUCGAGCGAGUUCGCACGUUUCUCGAGGCCGAACAGACGUCGGACAUCAUCCACGCGGCGAACCAACUGUGCACAACCAUCCGGGAACUCGUGCACAACGUCUCACAGACCUACUCGAACACUUCUCAAGACGAGGACACGCGACAGGAGGAGGAGCUCCGGCAGAGCAGCGACACAAUGACCGAGAACUGCAACACUUUGCUCGGAAAGCUCGACCGACUCAUGAAAUCGCUGAAAGAAGACGCCAAUUAUUUGGAGGAGUCGGGAUUCGAACCGGGCGACGAGGACGAGUGCUCCACGGGCGACGAGAUGCUGAAACGGAGGGAUUCGGUGGUGAAUCGAGCGAACAGUCUCAAGAAGGCACUUCGUGAGGUUAUUUCGAUGGCCGAGAAAGGAAUCGAUCAGCACUACCGCGACACGAGUGCGUGCACGCGGAGGGAACGGUUUAGGAAGAAGAGGAGCAAGACGACGCCCAGUGUUCUCCGGAUAUCCCACUCAAAUCUCUCCUCUUCCUCCGCGUGCUCUCCGCCGUGCUCUCCCGCUCAGGAGCCCGAAAAGGAAGGGAAAGAGUUCCGAAGUUCCUCGUGCAAGGCCACUUUUGAUAUCUCCCACUCGCAGUCCAGCUCUUCCGCAGUGCUCUCCGCCCUGUUCAACUCUCAAUCGGCCCGAACCUUCGAUGAGCUCGAGAAACCAAGCAUUGGAACUGUGCAUCCGCCGACGCCCGGAGGAACUCGGGAACCAUCUACAGCCUACGAGGACGACGAAGAAGUGAGCAAGGAGAACAACCGGAAGACGUCAGAAACACAGACUCCCGAGGAAGAAGACGUCAAGAUUAAAACUUGCUCAUCUCCGGAUCGGCCGCGCAUCUACUCAGAUACGACGCUCAACAAGAACACUGAGAAGAUCAAGAGCCAAAGUCUGCAUCCAAUCUGUUCGAACGUCGAUAAGAUCAAGCAGAGCCACUCGGACAGCAGUCUGUACGGAGAGUACGAGCACAUGGAGGGAUCCUCGUCCGGCUGCGGAGUCGGUGCGUCCGGAAGCACGCUCUCGCCGGCAAGAGCCUCGGAUUCCACGUGGGCACGCAUCAAAGAACGGAAACGGACGGUCGGAAGCGACCUCGGACUGUCGAGCAGUUCGCAUUUGAGGAGGUAACCUGCCCGAUGGGGACUGAAGCCUGCCUUUCUGUGUUCUUUUAUCUGUGAAAAUGCACUAACUUUAUGUCGGGUUUGCAGUUGUCGUAACAUGCUGUCGGGAUUUGCGGGCGGCUCACUCAUCGCCGAAAUCCUUCUGUUGAAUGCGCGCGUUCUGUCGCAGAUGUCACGUGGAACGAGCCAGUCGACGACGUCCGAUUGUCAGACUCCCUUGUACGUUUUUUCCAAUGUCUUCUUCCUUCUUUUCCGAUGCUCCGUCGGUUCCGACCACAAUUUAAAUUGCCCGUUUCAGCACGCAAUACAAAGAAAUGUGCGUGAUGAACAACUACUUUGGAAUCGGUCUCGACGCGAAAAUCGCCCUCGAAUUCCACAAUAAACGCGAGGAGUCGGAAAAGACGAGAAGUAGAUCGAAACUCUUCAUGUGGUACGGUAUUCUCGGCGGAAAAGAGCUCAUGCAUCGGACAUACCGUAAUCUGGAGCAACGGAUAAAACUGGAGUGCGACGGGGUGCCGAUCGACCUGCCGUCCCUUCAGGGAAUCGUCAUUCUCAACAUUCCUUCCUACUCGGGCGGCGCGAACUUUUGGGGACGGAAUAAAGACGGACCCGAGUUUACCGUUCAAAGUUUCGAUGAUCGCAUUCUAGAAGUGAACGUACUUUUCUUCAAUUUCUGUUCAAUGUUUCUAUUUAGGUGGUUGCUCUAUUCGGUGUCAUCCACGUGGCGACGAGUCGUGUUCCGAACGCCGUCCGUCUCCAGAAUCACCGCAUCGCCCAAUGCCGUCACGUGCGCAUCGUCAUCCUCGGCGACGAGCCGAUUCCCGUCCAAGUGGACGGAGAACCGUGGCUCCAACCGCCCGGAAUUAUGCAGAUCGUGCACAAAAACCGCGCUCAAAUGCUCGCUCGCAACGCCGUCUUCGACGCGACCCUCAAAAAGUGGGAGGAGCAAAAGGAGAAGGCGACGACGGCGCCGAGCACGCCGACCGCCCUCGGAGCACCCUCGGAACACGUGCCGUUUCUGACGAGAGCUCGCGAGUUUCUGCGGCUCAUCGAGGGAGAAAUCGCACGAUUGGGAGUCUCUUCCGACUUUUUGCUGUCGUUGGACGAUGCGAACGCGAUUGUGAGGGGCGGAGCGUCGGGAGAGGAGGAUCCGGAGGUGGGUUACGUUAAAAUUGAAACAAUUUGA